GCACGUCCUCCGGUGUUCCUAUGAUUGCGUGCUUGAUAGACCCGGAAAAAAAAUGUAAAACAUGUAUGUCAACAUGCACUCCUGAAGGUGAAGUAAACAUAAGGCGAAACACUUGCCUAUUAAUCAGAGUGAAUCAUGAAGAUGGAAGAGCAAUUUCAUUAUAUGCAUGUUCCACGAAUAACAGAAAUAUCGUUAUAGAUUGUGGAAAGACAUUUUAUGUUUCAGCAUUGAAAUGGUGGCCUUAUUAUGAAUUGCGUCAAAUUGAUGCACUCAUAUUAACCCAUCCGCAUGCUGACGCAAUAAACGGGUUAGAUGACUUACGAGCUUGGACGUUGCAUAAAAUAAUACAAGAUCAUGUCCCGAUUUAUCUGACAGCUAAUACCUUAGAUGCAGUCAAGGCAUGCUUUCCAUAUCUGGUGGACACAAGUCAAGCUACCGGUGGUGGAGAUCUACCAACGUUUCAAUGGAAUAUUAUAGAUUCAAAGUGUCCAUUUACUAUUGAAGGGUUAGAGUUCAUUCCAUUACCAGUUCAACAUGGUGUCCAUUUCGCAACAAAUGAGCCUUAUACCUACAUCGGUUUCCGCUUUGAUAAUAUAUGUUACAUCUCUGAUUGCAACUUUAUACCAGAAGACACACGCGUAAAAAUGCAUGGGAGUGAAGUCGUAAUUUUGGAUGCUUUGGAUCAUAAGGAACACCCAUCCCAUUUUUCAACACAACAAGCUAUUGAUACAUCAAAGAAUCUAGUUCCAGUACCAAAAAGGACUUAUCUUACGGGGUUUUCCCAUGCAGUAGAACAUCACAGUUUGAUGAAAGAGAUGAAGUUGUUAGAAGAAGAGGAACCUGGAUUGUGGGUCAGGCCUGCACAUGACGGAUUAAAAGUGUGUAUUGAGGACAUAGUUCUGUCAAAUGGAGUUGACAAACAUUAA